AAAACAAGCUUCCCACAGCCUUCAAAUUCCUUAUCACUUCCUCCUCUGCUUAUCUUUCCCUCCUCUCUCCCACCAAACCAAAUCAGCCAUACCCAUGGCCUUCUCAUCACUUCAAGCACCCAGCUUUCUCUCUCCUGUCCACAAAUCCUCUCUCUCUUACCCUCCUCUCUCUCUAACCCUCUCAUUCUCUACCCUCCCACCUCCCACCCUCUUCAAUUUCCCCUCCCUUAGAAUCAAACAUGCCCAAAUCCAGUGCAGCAAUAAAGAAGCACCACCACAGGUAGAUCCCAAGUCCGGUGUCCCAAUUUAUAAGCCCAAAUCCUACGAAGUACUCGUCACUGAUGCCGCGAUUUCUCUUGCUUAUGCCCUUGAUGAUGGAAAGACCCGCCUCGAAAUCGACUUCCCGCCCUUGCCUAGCAACGUUUCUACUUACAAGGGAUCUUCAGAUGACUUUAUUGAUGCCAACAUUCAACUUGCUGUGGCUGUUGUUAGGAAGCUUAAAGAAAGAAACGAAACAAGGGUUUGCAUUGUGUUUCCUGAUCAGCCUGAAAAGCGCAGGGCCUCCGAGCUUUUUAAAUCUGCUUUUGACUUGGUUGAUGGCAUAACCAUAGGUUCCUUGGACGAUGUUCCCAGCAAUGGUCCUGUCUCCUCAUUCUUCAGAUCCAUUAGAAAGACCUUGGAUUUUGAUUUCGAGGAUGAAAAUGAAGACCGUUGGCAAUCAAAUGAUCCACCAUCACUAUAUAUGUUCAUUAACUGCAGUACCCGUGAGCUUGCAGCUAUAGAGAAGUAUGUGGAAAAGUUUGCUAUAUCAACCCCUGCCGUUCUUUUUAAUCUGGAACUUGACACAUUGCGUUCUGACUUGGGCCUUCUGGGAUUUCCAACCAAAGAUUUGCAUUACCGAUUUCUUUCUCAAUUUACCCCUGUUUUCUAUAUCCGAACAAGAGAUUAUUCUAAGACAGUUGCGGUGGCACCUUAUAUUGUCAACUAUAGUGGAGCAUUGUUCCGUCAAUACCCUGGGCCUUGGCAGGUGAUGCUGAAACAAGCAGAUGGUUCUUAUGCUUGCGUGGCUGAGAGUGCAACUCGCUUCACGCUGGGCGAAACGAAGGAAGAACUAUUGAGGGUUUUGGGACUGCAGGAGGAAGAAGGAAGUUCACUUCAAUUUCUUCGAAGGGGCUACAAGACCUCGACGUGGUGGGAAGAAGGGGUCGAUUUGGAGUUAUCUUCUGCAUGGCGUAGUUAAGCAGCAACAACGGAAACAACAAGAGUGACUUCUGGAAGAGAGCGGGAAUGAAAUAUAAAGGGAUCACGGAUGCAACAUCAGAUGAUACUCUUGAACCGCUGGUUGGAAGUUAGUUUUAGAUCAUUUUUCCUGUAUAGUAUCUUGUACUAUAUCUUGUAUAUCAAAGCAAACUGACAUACAUGAAAAUCCGACGAUGUACUAUUCUUUUUUGGCACUCUCACAAAUCCAAUUGAUUAUUUGAUCAA